UCACUCCACCGGCUCACACUGGCCCCAUGGGUAGAACAGCUUUGCACGCAGCUGUGAUUGGCCGUGACCCAAUAAUGGUAUAAGAAAUUCUGAAAUGGAAGUCAGAUCUAACAAAAGAAGUAGAUGAAAAUGGGUGGUCUCCGCUUCACUGCGCUGCAUACUUGGGUCAUGUUCCAAUAGCGAGGCAAUUGCUUCAUAAAUCUGAUAAUUCUGUAGUCUACCUAAGGGUCAAAAACUAUGACAACAAGACAGCUCUUCAUAUUGCAGCCACCCGUGGAAACAAGCUCAUAGCAAAACUGUUGAUGUCACGCUAUCCAGAUUGUUGUGAGCAAUUGGAUGUUAAUGGAAAUAAUGUUGUUCACUUAUUCAUGAUGCAAAGAAGAUGUUUCAAAAGCUUCAUAAAGAUUCCCUGGAUGAAUGUGAGAGCACUUAUAAAUGAGAAGAAUGUUGAAGGACAAACACCUCUCCAUCUGCUCGCCCAUUCCCAGCUGGGAUGUCGUUCUUUCAUAUUUAAAGAGGAAGUAGAUAAGAUGGCACUUAACAACCAAAGCUCAACUGCUUUGGACGUAAUUUUACUGGCCGAGGAUUUAUUUGGAAAAAAGGAUUUUAUCAUAUCAAGACUGAAAAAUGCCAAAGCUAGAGUCGGGCCUUUGUUUUGGCAGAAGGCUAUGAGGAAAGAUAAGGACAAGAAAAACGAGGACAAGAAAGACGAGGACAUGAGCCAAAGCAAACGUAGUAAAGGUUUAGAGUCUUUAGACACCUCUUUCUUAAGGGAAGCAAGUCAGAGCCAUUUGAUUGUGGCCGCACUUGUCGCGACUGUAUCGUUCACAGCAGGUUUUACACUGCCCGGCGGUUAUAAGGAUGGUGACGGCAUGGCCAUUUUAAGCAACAAGCCAGCUUUUAAAGCAUUUGUUGUGUCUGAUUCCCUGGCUCUGGUGCUCUCUGUGACUGCUGUAUUGUUUUCUUUUUAUACUGCAUUGUCUAAAAGAAAGAAGCGAGUCAUUUUAUUUGUAAGGCCGGCGUAUUGGCUCACCAAGUUGGGUGUAGGAGCAAUGGUGGUAGCAUUCUUUACCGGCUUAUACACCGUACUGCCGCAUCACUCAGGGAUUGCAAUUUUUACUUUUAUCAUCUGCAUCUGCUGUUCAGUUUUCAGCAUAAUCUCUGGUUCGGUACCCCAAAGGUGGAUCACAAAAUGUACUAAAUUUAGGUCAUGAAAUAUACG